ACCUUUGAACGUAUUAGUUUCUUCCGUGUUAAGUGUACUCAGUUUGUGUGAAACUAUUUAAGUAAUUAUUUAAUUUGUAAUUUUGUAUACGAUAAUUUUUUUCGAAAUGUCCGAGUGUCUAGAUAUAGACAAAUUUAUUGACGAAAUUCAUCUACGUCCAGCUAUAUGGGAUUCCAUGUCAAAUGAAAGUUCUAAUAAACAAAUUAAAAAUAAAGCAUGGGAAGAAUUGUGUUACAUAUUUUUUGAAAACUUCGACCAAAAAGAGACACCCGAAAAAAAUGAAUGUACUCGUCAAUUACAAAGAAAAUGGAAAAGCCUUAGAGAUUCGUACCAAAGAGAGAAUCUCUUACGAAAAAAAGAAAAAGCAUCUGGGUCAGCGAAAUCAAACCGUCGAAGACAGUACGUAUAUUUUGAACAAUUGCAGUUUUUGGCUCCAAGUAUUACUAACAAAAAUACUACUUCCAAUUUUGAUGACAACUAUACCCAAAAUAUGGUUGAAGGAUCUCAGGGAACAUACCAGGACCAAAAUACACUAAAUGAAGAGGAUAUUUGUGUGGAUGAAAUAAAUCAAUCAGCUUCAUCAACCCAAACUUCUAAAGUAUUCAAAAGAAAAAAAAAUGAAAUUGAAUCAAUUGAACUUAAAUUACUUGACACUAUGACUAAACAUUUUGAAAAAUCAAAUUAUAAUCACGAGAAUAAAACUGUAGAUACUGAUGAUGAGGAUAAGCUAUUUUGUCUCUCUAUAGUUAAAGAGCUCAAGAAGAUCCCAGAGGAUUAUAAAUUGGAUGCAAAAACAGAUUUAUUACGUACAUUAAAAAAAUGGCAAAAUUUACAAAAUCAACAAUAUUCAUCUUUAUCUCAUGUUCCACAAGUGAAUAAUUAUCAAUAUCAAGUUCCUACUGUUCCAAGUAUUUACAACCCUAUCCAUCGAUAUGCUGUGCCAUCAUCUGCCCACUCAAGUACACCAAGUGAACAAUUGUCACCAGAAAUGAUUCAUGAAAAUGAUUCAUAUUAAAGUAUAGAUUAGUUGUAUUUUGUAACGUCAUCGAUAGGUAGUUAUUAAUUAUUAUUUUGUAAAAUAUUUUGAUUAUAUUGAUUAUUAAAAUAAUAAACUUUCAUACCUUAACGUAACAGCUAGUUUUUCAUUUGGAGGAAUACAUAGUCUCAUGUUAGUGUCCAUGGCUGAUAUAUGUGGCGUCAACAAAGUUAACAACUCGUCGAAAGAAUUAGGUGACAUUCGAAAAUAAUUAAAAAAUUUUUCACGAUCACAUUUUAAAUCAUUGAAUAAAACAUAAA